AUGAAAGCUGAACAAGCGCCAACGACUAGCCGCAGUCACUUGAUCAACAUGCAGAUCCUCCGGCCAAUUGUCCCGAGCUGGCUGCAGACGCGGGAACCUCUGGAAGCUGCCUUAUCUUAUCGGAUGCCCGAAGAUUCUCCGCCUCAAUUCCGCUCCUCACAUCAACACCUCCGAAAAUCAACAACUUUAUCUAUGCUCAAGUCAACGUACAAGCCGACCGCAAAUACUGCGACACCUCUUCCUCUGCUUCCCGGAUGGACAGAGCACACUGCGCCAAGCGGACAUAAGUACUACCACAACAGCCAAACACAAGAAUCGACAUACACAAGACCCAGUGCCCCGGACGCUGCUGCUGCACCUUCAACGGCUUCGACGAGCUUCUUCCAAUAUCAGACCGUUACCCAACUCUCCGAUCCCAACGUCGCAAACGCAUAUCUUGCACAAUACAAUGCGCAAAACCAGCCUCUGCCUCAGCGAGGAGGUUUCGGUCACGGAGGCAGGGGAGGUAGGGAUGUACGCCCGCGUCCCGAGCCGGUGGACAAACCGAAAUCUAAGGUGCCGAUCCCCGGAUGCGAGCCCUGGUUACUAGUCGACACAAAGUACGGGCGCCGCUUUGUCUAUAAUCCCGAGAAAAAUGCUAGCUACUGGCGCAUUCCAGAAAAGCUUACGGCUGGUAUCUUGGAGGUGGACAAGGCCAGAAUCCGCGAGAAAGCUGGGAUCAGAAGUGUCGCAGAGACAGACAAGGAGGGACCACCGACAGCCCAAGCUCGACCAACACUAGAUGCUACGGAACCCACGACCUACGACAACAACGAGGACAGCUCAGAGUACGAGGAGGUUGAGGUUACGGAUGACGAAGUAGAGGACCAAGAUGGGGAGGACGGACCUGCUUCCAAGCGCCAGCGUACAGAAGAUCCGGCCGAUGACGCGCCUGUAGAAUUCAGCGAAGCGGACAUCGCAUUUCAACUGCAAGCAAUGGGCGAUGCCUACGGACUAGACCCCGGAGAAUAUGACGACGGGAAUAUGGACGAGUGGCCUGAAGGUGCAGAGGGGGUCGAGUUCUCACAAGAAGACGCCGCCGCGUUGUUCCGAGAUUUACUAGAAGACUUCAACAUCAGUCCCUACAGCACGUGGGAGAAACUGAUUGAGGAUGGACACAUCAUUGAGGAUCCGAGAUACACAAUUCUCAAUACGAUGAAGGCACGCAAGGAGACCUGGUCGGAGUGGACCAAGGACAAGAUCAAGGAAAUCAAGGAACGUCGGGCCAAAGAAGAGAAGAAGGAUCCGCGGAUACCGUACAUGACGCUACUGCAGGAGAAAGCGUCACCCAAGCUCUUUUGGCAAGAGUUCAAGAGGAAACAUCGGAAAGAACCAUCCAUGACGGACCCCUACAUCAAAGACAAGGACCGUGAGAAGUGGUAUCGCGAGCACAUCAACCGUCUCAAAAUGCCCCAAGCCACACUCAAGGCAGAUCUCGCCACGCUUCUGAAGUCACUGCCACUUUCUGCACUGAACAACAAAACGAACAUGUCGCACCUACCACCGCAGCUGCUCGUCGACAUCAGAUACAUCUCUCUGCAGCCACAAGUGCGGGAUCCUAUGAUCGCGACCUACAUACAGACUCUGGGACCACCUCCAGAGGGUGACGCGGCCGAGCAAGAGGAUAAAGCGACGCGCAAGGCUCGGGAAGCUAGAGAUCGGAGAGAAAAGGCACUGCAUGAGCACGAAGAAAAGGUCGCAGAGCAAAAGAGGAGACAGCAGCGAAGCCUCGAAAUGGGCAAGGCCCGACUUCGAGAGGAAGAGCGUGAAAUCGAACGAGCAAUGCAGGUUGGCAAGCGAGGUUUACAGAGCCAGCUGGCCAACUUGGAAUUCCAGCAAACCAGACGGCGUGCUUUUGAAAAUCAACGUCAAUCUUUCGUGUCUCUUCCCGUUGAUGUAUCGCUCCGCCGACUGCUGCAGGAACCGGGUUUCAUGCACGACCACAAUGAGGUCUUUCUCACCAUCCGAGCCUCUCAUCAUAUCCAACUUGACUCGAGCCUCGCAGACGCGUCAUGCAGACCUCCCAACGGAUGCAGACCAACAGUCUUGGACGGAACCAUCAUCCAUGGGUUGAUCAGCGCAGUCAUCGUAGGAACCGUCAUUCCCUGCUCCGCCAUCCCUUUUUACCGCGAGCAGAAACAUACUUUGAGACUCGAUCGACUGAAAAUCGGCGGCGCGCCCAUUGGCUCGUCGGCCACGUCGGUCAUCUCGACGAAGUACCAGGCGAUGGAGCAUAAUGCCAUGUCAAUUAACUUUGGUGUUCCGAGUGUCUGCUUUUCGAACCAAUACGUCAGCGCAAUUACACACAUCAUGGGCGCAACAACACUCACAGUAUUUGGCGUCAUCGCCUUGGCGCAACAAUUUCCCGGAAAUUUCCCUGGCAAUGGCAACGGCAACGGCAACGGAAAUGGGUUUGGAAAUGGCAACGGCGGCAACGGUUUCGGAGGAAACUUCAACAAUUUUGUCGGCUUCAACAUUCAGGAGGCGAUGCACACAAGAAGAAUCCACGGCAUAUUAGGAACAAUCGCCUUCGUCAUCGUGUUUCCCAUCGGCUCGAUCGCCAUGAGGAUCAUUCCCGGACGCUUCAGCUGGCUUAUCCACGGUCUCAUCCAGAUGGCCGGCUUCGUUCUCUACAUCGCUGCUGCCGCACUGGGUAUCAAGUUGACGCAGCAAGUCACAUUUGGUGGAACAAGUUUGUAUGAGAUCAGCACCAUUAACUUCCACCCAAUUAUCGGCCUUGUCCUCCUGGCCAUCUUCUUCUUUCAACCCAUUUUCGGCUACAUCCAUCAUGUUCAAUUCAAGAGGUACGGCAUCCGUCAAAUCUGGUCACACAUCCACCUGAUCAUUGGCCGCCUCCUCAUUCCGCUCGGCAUCAUCAACGGCGGUCUUGGCCUAUACAUCUCUAACUCUCCCAAAGAGUUCAAGAUCGCCUACGCCAUUCUCGCUGCCGUAUUUGGCAUUACAUGGAUCUUCGUCUCGGUCAUCAGCGAGAGCCGUCGCAGCCGCCAACCGGCCGUGGUGGUCGUCGAGGAACACAAGCUCAGGAAACGGUCCCAUGGUCGCAACAGCGGAAGCCGGGGCUCGAUAAACGUGCCACAUCGGUCGCAGCAGGUUGACUCAUGGUGGCGAUCGGACGAGCUACCGAAGCGAACUUUUUUUGUAGUUGGCGAGAAAGCAAAGGACUGGCGUUUCGAAUGUCUUUAUCUUGACAGAGAGUAUGCAUAUCACAUGCCAGAAGUUGCCUUUGGAAAUGGCCGACUAUCUUGUGACUACAAGUCUUCAACUCCUAACGCUACCUUCAACCUUCUCGGCCUUACGCUGUUGCCUUGUGGGAUCACAUGGAAUCUGAACAAGACCUUUCUGGUAUCACAGAUUAUACCAAUGUGGCUGAAGCUUUGGGUAAUGUACAAUGAAGAUAGUCGUGUCAGAAACGACUGGGAAGCGUCGCUAGGCACGACUUCAAUUGAAAAGUUCUGCAUCUACAACAGAUGGCUCGAGAUCAUUUCGCACAUCAAGUCCUUGAAGUACUUGGCAAUAUACAGUUUCCUAUCCAAGACACCGGGACAUGGUGCAGCUUGGAGUACAGAGAAGUUCUUGCCCAAUUGUCAUAAUGCUACAACUAGGCGGAUUUCAUGA